AUUAACUAAACAGAAAUAGUCCAAACAGUAAAUGCUGCCAGUCAUAGAGAGUGUUUCGUUUGAGGUGAGAAGAAAAAGAAAAGUGCAGUCAGUGAUAUGGGUGGCUCCUCCUCCUCUCCCUGCUGCUCCUCUCUCUACUGCAAAAAAGUAUAGUUUUUAAUGGGGUUAGAGAGACGCGGGAAUAAUAAGGAGGAAAAAUCCAGUUUCAAAACAAAAACAAGAACCCAAAAAAAGCUGAACAAGUGGGGUCAUCUCUCUCUCUUCUCUAUGAGAGUAGUUUCUUCAUCUUCUCUUUUAGGUCAUCCCCUUCUACUGCACAUGCUCUUCCCUCUCCUUUCUUUUCGAAAUGAAAACAAAUCAAUAGGUAAAACAAGAAACAAGUACCCCUCUUCUUCAUCCUCCAUCUCUUCUUCAACCUCUAUCUGACAUUUAAGAAUAUUAGUUUAUUGAUCUGUGAUUUUAAAUUAUUCUAUUUGGGUCUUCUUCUACUGAUCUAUUAUCUGUGGUUUCAGUCAAAGGGUAUCAUUUUCAUCUUCUGUUUAUGUCAGAGGUUUUUUUAUUACUUUUAUUAUAUACCCUUUGAGUUAAAAUUUGGGGGUUUUCAUUCUAAUGUGGAAGAUUAGGUAGGGAUUUGAAUUUUAAUUGGGUUGUUCAGAUUCUGUGUGUUGUAAGCAAUGGGUUGUUGCUGAUUUUGUUGUUCAGAUGGAUUAUUUUUUUACAACUGUUUUGGGUGUUUGGUCUAGUUUGUACUGAACAUAAUCUAUUUUGGAUAUAUUUUUUUUUUUAAAUAAAAUAAUUUUCUGGUGAAGUUUGGAUGGAUUUGAAGCAAAGCUGAGAUAAUGAUUAUGAAGUAGGAGGCUACUACUUUUUUUUCUUUGCUUCUGUCAAAACAGUUAUUCAUCAUCAUCCAUUUCAAUCAACUAAACUAGGUUUUGACAUCUAUCCAUCUAUCAAUCCAUUCUUCACCUUUUCUCUUUGGCUGUCGUUUUAGAUUGAAAACCCCAAAUAAAAGGGUGAGGUUUGUGUAACGAAGGUGCUAGAGUGCUCUUGGUUACAGUUAUUAUCUUGAGAUGGAUCGGAAGAGUUGGCUGUGGAGGAAGAGACCUUCUUCUGAUAAGAGUCCUGGCGAAACAGAAAGCUCGGGAUCAAUAUCUUCUCAUUCUGAAAGAUUCUCCGAUGAACAGCAAGAACAAUCAAAGGCAUCUCCCAUGGAUAAUAUACAAUUCCCAGAGGUCACAUCGAAAUCUGCAACCAGUGUUGAAGAGGUUAAUGACAAUAUGAGGAAUCUGACUGAAAAACUUUCUGCAGCUCUUUUGAACAUCAGUGCCAAAGAGGACUUAGUAAAGCAACAUGCCAAAGUUGCAGAAGAAGCGGUUUCAGGAUGGGAGAAGGCAGAAAAUGAAGCCGCGGCCUUCAAGCAACAGCUUGAAACUGCAGUUCAGAAAAAUUCAGCGCUUGAAGAUAGGGUGGGUCAUCUCGAUGGGGCUCUUAAGGAGUGUGUCAGACAGCUUAGGCAAGCUAAAGAGGAACAAGAACAGAAGAUUCAUGAAGCUGUUGUCCAGAAAACCCAUGAAUGGGAAUCCACUAAAACUGAGCUUGAAAGCCAGCUUGACGAGCUCCGGAAAAAACUUGACGCUGCCAAGGCUGAGCCCAAAAUUUCUAGUACUGAUCUCUAUCCAAAGCUUGAGGCUGCUGAGAAGGAAAACUCAACUCUAAAGCUCGAGCUUUCUGCUCAGGCAGAAGAGCUCGAAAUUAUGACUCUGGAGAGAGAUUUGAGUGUCCAAGCAGCAGAAUCAGCCGCAAAACAGCGUUUAGAGAGCAUAAGAAAGGUGGCCAAGCUCGAAGCUGAGUGCCGCAGGCUCAGAGCCAGUGCUCGCAAGGCUAAUAACAAUGAUCAGAAAUCUUUCACCAUUGCCUCUUCCUCCUCGAUUUGUGUUGAAUCAUUCACAGAUAGCCAAUCAGACGGUGGAGACCGGUUACUAGCAAUUGAAAACGAUCUACCUCACAAGUUGGAUAAUAUUAGUAGUAACGCUGUGGAGCUAAAUGAGUCCGAGCCAGGCUGCUCAGACUCAUGGGCUUCGGCUCUGAUCACUGAGCUUGAUCAGUUCAAGAGUAAAGAGAAGGUUGCUGGCGGUAGAGCCCUUGCUUCUGCCUCUUCUGCAGAUAUCUGUUUCAUGGAUGAUUUCCUCGAGAUGGAGAGACUUGCAGCAUUGCCUGAAACUGAAACUGAAUCAGCAGUUGCUUCCUGCCAACAACAUAAUGAUGAGAAGGGGCAGGACCGUGAUCAAUUAAAAGCAGACCUUGAUGCCAUGAUUCAGAGGACAGCCGAACUGGAAGAAAAGCUAGAGAGGAUGGAAGUGGAGAAAGCAGAGCUCGAGAAGGCUUUAGCUGAGAAUCAAAAUCGUCUGGGGACAUCUGAGGAUCAGCUAAGGGAAACUGAGGAGAAGCUGUUGGAGCUACAAAACAAGAUGGGUCUUGAAGCAGUAGCAAAGCAGGCAACCGAAUUAGAAAUUGAAUCCGCGAAUACAAAGCGAAAAGCAAUGGAAUCCCAAAUUUUAGUGAUGGAAGAAGAGGUUGCGACGCUACGUGCUAAGGUGGAUUCACUAGAGAUGGAUGUCGAGGACGAACGAGCAAUGUCAGCAGAAAUUAAGAGCAAGUGUGAGUCAUUGGAAGAAGAGUUAUCUAAAAGGAGAUUUGAAACCGAGCGUAGGCGAGCUACCAACUCGAAUGGGGAGCUAAAGAUAAAGCAGGAUAAAGAACUGGCUGUUGCAGCUGGUAAAUUAGCCGAGUGUCAGAAGACGAUAGCUUCUCUUGGGCAGCAACUGAAAUCACUGGCAACAUUGGAAGAUUUUAUGAUGGAUUCUGACGAGAAGCCACUUGAUAUAAAUGUAGAAGGAGGAUCAUUACUGACCCCAAAUAAAAGCAGUGGUGAAUAUUGGAAAUUGCACUCAAAUGAUGCUUAUUCGACUGCAAAUCAAGCAGCUGAAGAUGGUUCUGGUCUCUCCAGGAACACAAAUGGUAAUAGUGGAGAGUCACCGGUAUCAUCUUCAUCGUCGUCAUCAGCUUCUUCAUCUGUAAAUCGUGUUGGUAGUUCUGAAAAAAGUCGUAAUGGGUUUAGCAAACUGUUCUCUAAAAGCAAGAGUGGUAUCCGUACAGAAAAUACUCCAUGAAUCAUCAACUAUUAUUAAUGAUGAUUAUAGAUGAUGACGUCGACAUCUGGCAUUUUGGAUUUAGAUGGAACACUAGUAAGAUUACUUUUGUAUGUAAAAGAAAGUAUUUCUAUUGUUGUUCAGUAGCCGUAUUGCCGAUGGAUCAUCAUCGGAUGUUUGUUAUGUGAAAAUGAAAUUAUUGCUUCACAUGCAUGAUGCAUUAUACCCCUUUGAGGUAAUAUAAACUGAUUAGCUAAUGGUUUAGAAUCCAAAUGUUCUUUGGAGUUCCA